UACCGUCGACGUGACCGUCGCCGUCGUCGUCGCCGCCGCCGCCGGUGGUGGUAGUAGUAGUAGUAGUGAUACCGGUACCGUCGCCGGUGGUAUCCGUAGUAAUAGUAGUAGUAACAACGGUAGUGGGAGGCAGCCUGGAGUGAGAGAGGCACGACCGGGACGAGAGAGACGGAGAGAGAAAGAGAGAGAGGAAGAGAGAAGGAAGAGACGGGGACCACGAGGACGGCGACGAGGCGUCAUCGUCGUCGUCGUCGCUCGUUCGCCACCGUCGCCGCGGUGGCGAGAUAACCUGGUUUUCCCGCUGAGGAACGAUCGCCGACUUGAAUCUUAACACGUACAUUGGGAGCGCCGCGUGCGUAAAAGAGAGAAAGAGAGAAAGAGAGGAGCAGCAGCCGCAACGAAGGUCACCGCCGGUCGGCGAGCAGCGCUCGCUGUCACUGCGAAUCGCUCAUACACCCUCAUCCUCCACUCUCCCUUCCUUCACGUUCGUCCACGACUUCCCCUAUAUUCCUGCCCCCUUGUCAUCUCCUUUUCCUUCUCCUCCUCAUCCUCCUCCUCCUCUUCCUCCUUCUCCUCUUCCUCCUUCUUCGCUGUCAUCACCUCCUCCGUCAAAGGAGGAUUCCGCUGUUCUGAGCCAUGGCGUGCUGCCUGUCGGAAGAGGCGAAGGAACAGAAACGCAUCAACCAGGAAAUCGAACGGCAAUUGCGGAGAGACAAGCGGGAUGCCAGGCGAGAACUCAAGCUGCUCCUACUCGGAACCGGCGAGUCGGGCAAGUCCACCUUCAUUAAGCAGAUGAGGAUUAUCCAUGGCUCCGGCUACUCGGACGAGGAUAAGAGGGGGUUUAUCAAACUUGUGUACCAAAACAUUUUUAUGGCGAUGCAGUCCAUGAUCCGGGCGAUGGACCUCCUGAAGAUCCAGUAUGGCGAUUCCUCGAAUAUAGAAAAAGCGGAACUGGUGCGGAGUGUCGACUUUGAAACGGUGACGACAUUCGAGAGCCCGUACGUGGGGGCAAUCAAGGAUCUGUGGGCGGACGCGGGUAUACAGGAGUGCUACGAUCGUAGACGGGAAUACCAGCUCACGGACUCCGCCAAGUAUUACCUUAUGGAGAUAGAUCGAGUCGCGGCACCAAACUACCUCCCCACAGAACAGGACAUUCUUCGUGUGAGAGUGCCCACCACCGGUAUAAUUGAAUAUCCCUUUGACUUGGAAGAAAUCCGAUUUAGUUAUCUUAGUGACCUAGAGCGUAUUGAAAAGCCUGAUUUCCUUCCGACCGAGCAAGACAUCCUCCGGGCACGAGCUCCCACCACCGGAAUUAUAGAAUAUCCAUUUGAUCUGGACUCCAUCAUAUUUAGGAUGGUAGACGUCGGUGGACAGAGGUCGGAAAGAAGAAAGUGGAUCCAUUGUUUCGAAAACGUCACUUCAAUUAUAUUUUUAGUAGCUCUAAGUGAAUAUGAUCAAAUUCUAUUUGAAUCGGAAAACGAGAAUCGAAUGGAAGAAAGUAAAGCACUGUUCAAAACGAUUAUAACAUAUCCCUGGUUUCAACACUCCUCUGUUAUCCUGUUUCUCAACAAGAAAGAUCUGUUAGAAGAAAAGAUUAUGUACUCUCAUCUUGUCGACUAUUUUCCGGAAUAUGAUGGUCGACAGAGAGACGCUCUCGCAGCUAGAGAAUUCAUUCUAAGGAUGUUCGUUGAUUUAAAUCCGGACAGCGAGAAGAUUAUUUAUUCCCACUUUACGUGUGCCACAGAUACGGAAAACAUCAAGCUUGUAUUCUGCGCUGUUAAGGAUACGAUCAUGCAAACCGCGCUUAAGGAGUUUAAUCUUGCUUAACGCGACUGUAUAGAUAUAAUUAGCAGAUUCUUGACGAUAUUAUUUAAUAUUUAGACGCCGAGAAUGACGUAUUGUAUAUAUAAUGGAUUUAUAACAAAACUUAUAACCAACAAAUAUUAUAGAAGUGGCCAAUUAGUAAAGCGAUUGCUUGGCAGAUGUUAUUUGCAUAUUUGUCAAAUAUUAAUGUUGCUUUUUAACAUUUAUUCCGGAACUUAAAUCUGUGUCAUUCUAGGCGAUUAGUCGUCGACUGCGAAUAAUUUUACUUUUGAAAACUUUGAAAAUAACUGCCAGCUUUACCGUUGACAACAACAAUAUACAUUAAGUAAAAAAUAUAUUAUUAAAGCUCUGUAAUCCCUAAAUAAAAGAAAUAUAGCAAUUGA